GAGCGAGGGUUAAUUUGGUAUUCGGCCACCACAGUUAGCUCCACUUAUCCAGCACGGAGGAAGCCUCAUCUCAGAGAGGUUCCUUAUGACCAGAAUUAGUGCAGGUCGCUCUUCGGGGAGAUGAUCAUUGGGAUUUGAGGCGAAUGUAAGCAGAAAAGAAACUGAGAAGAAACUUCUGGAGCGAGGUUCUUGCACAAGCUAGCUAGUUAGCAUACACACUUCCUGCAAUCCCGGAUAAUGCGAUUUUUUUAAGCUAGCACUCGUGAACUUGUGAGUAAAAUUUCGUAGUGUGAUUUUUUUAAAUUAUUUUUUAAAGUGAAAUAACUCUGUAAAUGCAAAGAGUAGGUUUUAAUAUUUAUCUACAUCACUUGCUAGUUACCUCAUUACUCAUUGACGGUUUUUUUCUAGUUCCUAUUAAUUAUUAGCAUCUUAAACUAGCCGAGUUUGUGCGAAUUUUUUAUAUAGUUUACCCUUAUUUAGCUACCUCAAGGACGGGGGGAGGGGGAUAAAAACAUAUAACGUUUUAUAAACGCUUUAUAAACGUUUUUACUCAUACUAAACCUUCCCACAACCAAAAACAAACGUUUCCAGAACAUUCAGGGAACCAACACAAGGUCACCACAGGUGUGUAUUGGCAGCCCGUUUGACUUCUAAAAAGCUUCACUCUCUUUUCCCGAAAUAUGUGCGAGACCGCACAGAUACGUGUUAUCUAGCGUCCCCUUGGCAAACUCCUGCGAAAGAAUAAUGCCUGGGGUCUAUUCCAAACUUCCCUCGCAUCUGCGGAGGUCUUCAGCUGCGAGGAAAGCGGUUUGCCUCCUCGUCGUGGCGUACGGGGUGAAAAGACUUUACCCGUACAUCUGCGAAAGGUUGAAAGGACGGAGCGAUCCCGAGCGAGGCCCGCUGAAUGCUCAUCAGACGAACGGGGAGCCGCUGGAGGUCACAGAGAGGCGGAAGAGGAAGAAAAACUCUCCGGCUGUGAACCGAGAAUUCCUUCUGCGAUUAAAGCGUCUCCUGGGCAUCCUCUUCCCUCGGCUUUUCUGCAAAGAGCUGGGCCUGCUGGGUUUCCACUCGAUCGCUCUGAUCUCGCGCACAUUCCUGUCGAUUUACGUGGCCAACUUGGACGGCAAAAUCGUCAAGACCAUCGUGAAGAAAGACCCUCAGGCGUUCGUGUGGGAGUUAACCAAAUGGCUGCUGAUCGCUAUCCCUGCAACGUUCGUGAACAGCAUGAUCCGGUAUCUGGAAGGUCAGCUAUCCCUGGCUUUUCGCACCAGGCUCGUGAGCCACGCCUACCAGCUCUACUUCAGCAACCAGACCUAUUACCGGGUCAGCAACAUGGACGGCAGGCUUGCCAACCCGGACCAGUCGCUGACCGAGGACAUGGUGAUGUUUGCCGGCUCCGUUGCCCACCUGUACUCCAACCUGACCAAGCCCUGCCUGGACGUAGUGAUGACCUGCUACACGCUGAUCAAAACGGGGCAGUCUAAAGGCGCCAACACGACUUGGCCUUCGGUGAUCGCUGGCAUCGUGGUGGCGCUCACCGCCAAAAUCCUGCGGGCGUUCUCGCCACGUUUCGGCAAGCUGGUGGCCGAGGAGGCCAAGAGGAAAGGGGACCUGAGGUACAUGCACUCGCGCAUCAUUGCCAACUCGGAGGAGAUCGCCUUCUACGGGGGUCACAAGGUGGAGAUGUCACAGCUGCAGCGGAGCUACGAGGCACUUCGCUCGCAGAUCAACCUGAUCCUCUUCAAGCGGCUGUGGUAUGUGAUGCUCGAACAGUUCCUCAUGAAGUACCUCUGGAGCGCCUCGGGUCUCGUCAUGGUGGCCGUGCCCAUUAUCACCGCUCCGGGGUAUUCCGCACAUGAUUCUGAGGAAGUGAAGCAGUCGGUGAUGGUGAUGAAUGAGGAAGAGCUGGUGAGCGAGCGGACGGAAGCCUUUACCACAGCCAGGAAUCUUCUAAACGCGGGAGCCGACGCCGUGGAGCGCAUUAUGAGCUCCUACAAGGAGGUGACGGAGCUGGCAGGCUACACUGCACGCGUGUACGAGAUGUUCGAUGUGUUCGAGGAGGUGCGUGAUGGCGUUUAUCGCCGAUCUGUCGAAGACCCACAGGGCACAGAGAACGGGGGCGGUUCAAGCGAGGUGAAACAUGGAAUGAGGUUGGAGGGACCUCUACAUAUUAGAGGUCAGGUGAUUGAUGUGGAGCAAGGCAUUAGAUGUGAGAACCUGCCUAUAAUAACACCCACAGGUGAUGUGGUGGUGUCCAGCCUCAACAUCAAGGUGGAAGAAGGAAUGCAUUUGUUGAUCACGGGUCCGAACGGUUGCGGUAAGAGCUCGUUGUUUCGGAUCCUGAGCGGCCUGUGGCCCGUGUACAGCGGCAUCUUGUACAAACCUCCGCCGCAGCACAUGUUCUACAUCCCACAGAGGCCGUAUAUGUCCGUGGGCACUCUGCGGGAUCAGGUGAUUUAUCCCGACACGGCUCAGGAGAUGCAGGAGCGGGGCGUCACCGAUCAGCAGCUGGAGGGAAUCCUGCGCACUGUAAACCUCCUCUAUAUCCUCGAGAGGGAGGAAGGUUGGGACGCGGAAAGCGAUUGGAAGGACGUCCUGUCUGGAGGAGAGAAGCAGAGAAUGGGCAUGGCCAGGAUGUUCUACCACAAGCCCAAAUACGCUCUCCUGGACGAGUGCACCAGCGCUGUUAGUAUCGACGUGGAGGGCAAGAUCUUUGAAGCCGCUAAGAAUGACGGGAUUGCGCUUCUCUCCAUAACACACCGUCCGUCUCUGUGGAAGUACCACACCCACCUGCUGCAGUUUGACGGCGAGGGCGGAUGGCGUUUCGAAAAGCUGGACGCGUCCACGCGGCUCUCGCUGCAGGACGAGAAGCUGCGGCUGGAGACGCAGCUUUCGGGGAUCCCCAAGAUGCAGCAGCGUCUGUCUGAACUGUGCAGCAUCCUGGGUGAAAACAGCAGCCUGCUGAACCCCACCGAGACGGACGAGGAGCGACAGGGGGAGGAGAAGAGGGAGAGGAAGCAGCAGGAGGAGAGGGAGGAGAGAGACACCGCGCUCCCCGGUGAACAGGAACGAGGCCUUAUGGACUGAUUUGAUGCCAGGAGACGGAGAUGAUUUCAAAGCCAGCUGUUUCUGCGAACCUGUCCGUGCAUGUGAAAGUGUGUGUGUGUGUGUGUGUGUGUGUGCGUGUGCGUGUGUGAGGGAGUGCCUGAGUGUCUGUGCGAAUCUGUGUACAUGGGUAAAGAAACUCAGAUCAGAAAUAUUAGCUCUGAUGUGGUCUUUAGGGGCUAUCCUUAACUCUGUGUGUGUGUGUGUGUGUGUGUGUGUGUGUGUGUGUGUGUGUGUGUGUGUGUGUGUGUUAGCGGUGGGGAAUAAGAUCGUGUGGAAAGCAUGAUUCCAGUGCCAGUUCUUGCAGGUGUAGCAGAUGAUGAAAACUGCUCAAUCCCAUGUUAGUACAAUUCUCUACAGAAUUUGCACAAACUCUCUGGCACAUCGGAUGUGUGUGCGUGUGUGUGUGUGUGUGUGUGUCUGUGUGUGUGUGUUUGUGAUUGCGAGAAAGGAGAGAAGGGAGGCAUUUGGGAAAGGGUUGCUGUCAGACCACUGACUGCAGUUGCGUUGUACUGUUGGUUUUAAUACCAGGCUCAGGAUGCUGAUUUAACGUUAGGGAUUACCACUCAGUGCUGUAGUCCUUUAUUGUGACGCUUUUUUUUAUACAGUCAGGCAGAAGGUUCGAUUUUUUUUCUCCUCUUUCAGAGCGAUAACCACCACACAGUUCGAUGGAGCGGUUUGUGAAGCUAUGAAUCAUGAUUGGGGCGAUGACGCCAAGAACUAUCCCAGUUCAGUUAGAAACUUUUUUCCCCUUGUUUCUCUGGCUGGUUUCCCCAGUCAUAUGUUGUUCUUCAACACGUUUAGAGGAGACUGUUCUCCUUCUGCUAAAUUGUGCGAUAAAUAAAAAAACAACUCGUGUGCAGUUCGAACAACUUCAGAAGCCGAAAACUCGAGAAGCACAAUUUGUAUGCAUAUACGGUUUGGUUAAAUGCACUUAUUAGAAAUAAAAUGUGGAGAGAUGUGCUGUUGUAGGAAGAGAAGUAAAAGAAAAAGGCUUGUACACGUUUGUAUUUGAGGUCGGACCAAAAGGUUUGGAGACGAGCUCUUUACUUAUCUAUGUUCGCACGCUACCACCUUUAAAACAGUCCCCUCGCACAGUAGUACAGAGCUCCCAGCGUUCAAAUGGAUCGUGUCCUCGGGGUCUUCUUUUAAAACAGCGACCUUUCAGCCUUCAUCUUUGGGAAGAGGGCGAAGUCCGCCAAAACCAAAUCUGGCGAGUAGGGUGGGUGCGGAAGUGAGAUGUUCUUGAGAAACUUGAGGAGAGCUCGGUGGCAGGGUUUGCACGUGGUAAGUAUAGCAGACGUGGUCAGAAUACCACCAGCUGCACAGCUCUUGAAGUACACAGGACAAUGUUUUUUUGGCACACUGACUUGUGAAGGUCGGUGCUUCCUGUGACUGUGCGUGCAGCCUUGUGCUGCCAUCUGCUGGCGUUUUACAAAACUAGUCUCGAAACUCGUUCUUCGUAUAUACCAGCUUGUUAGGAAGUUGGGGUCAGCCAUGAUACACCACCUUUGGAGUUAAGAGGGGUAAGGGCCUUGCUCAAGGGCCCAACAGUGGCAGCUUGGUGGUCAUGUGACUUGAACCCCCACGCUUUUAAUCAACCCAAAGCCUUAACCAUUGAGCUCAAUUGUCUUUGUGAGCCACAAUCCAUUUCAGGAAAUUUUAUUUCUUACAGCAGCACGUCUUAGUGUUUUAUUCCACUUUAAUCACAGCUAGUUGCUAACAGUUACAGUUUUUAAUUCUUUUAACGAACGUUAGGUUCAUUAAUUGUAAUCCCACCGUACGAGUCGUCGUUGCCACGAAAUCGAACAAACGCCGUUAUACGAUAUAUAAAGUUAGUUAGUGGAUAGAACCAUCAUAAAAAAAAUUAGUUGACACUUUCGACCAAUCAGGAUUGAGAAUUGAAGAGCACUGUGGUAGAACUAGACUCGCUGUUUGUUCUUGUGACGGUCAGUGUUAUAACCAUGCAGAUAACCACGCUUUUGAAAAAAAAGCAACGCAUAUCAAGACAUCGACGAUUUUGUGGACGACAAUGAGGCGUGGGUCGUACGCUAAACGGUCACGCCCACCCCCUCCCCGAGGUCACCGCAUUUCAAUAGGCGAGAACUGCCUGAGUGGGAAGUUUGCUAACUUCACCUAGUUUUAUCUUUGCUGUAGCAAAUCUGUAGCGAAUUGAACCCCUGACUGUAGAUGUACACAGUUCUCUUUCUCUGGACUGCGUUAGAUAUAGUCGACUUUUUUUCCCUUUUUUUACUCUUUGUUUAAUCACAGUGAUGUAAAAACCAUAAACUCUAACUUGAAGUCUAAAUUAAAACGCCACAUUGAGCCUGGCUGUACGCUAUAUUAUCUAAAUAUAUCGACAGUUGCGUACAAUCUUUUAAACAUUCUUUUUAUUCGAUUACCUCCUUGUAUCCAUGUGUUAUAAAAGUGUCCUUUGAAUUUCAUUUUAAUCGAUUGACCGAUGUUUGAUUGUAGCCAAAAAAAAAAAUCAAUUGCUGCUUUGAAAACAAAUGAAAUGUGCCCAGGUUUAUAAACUCAUGCUCUUAAUCUCUAAAACGAAUAAAGAUGCCCAGAUGCUUUUUUCAUGUCCUGAAUAUCGACGGUACAAUCCGGCGAAUCGUCCACGUAGAGCAUGCACACGGCUCGUUCAGAUCUAGCACUUUCACUUGAUUUUUGGAUACAGUUGCUGAAUAAAGAUUUUAUUUGCACAAUGCAUGAUUAUGUCCCUAGAAUCUAAUAAAUCACAUUGUUUAGAAGCUCA